ACUUGCCCCUGAUUGGACCUGAUGGGAAAUGCAAUGAAUUGUGGGUUUUCCUUCUUAAGCCCUUGCCAUAUGUGAUUCUGGGUCAUUUCCCAGGAACCUGGGUAUAGACCUGGCCAGAGCCCAUCUACCUGGCCAGUAUUUAAUUAAAGCUGUAGGGGGCCCAAAACAACUUGACUACACAGCUGCCAUGACAGGCUUAGAGGCCCAGACACAGCUUCUGUGACAGGAUUACUGGCAGGCAACACCCAGACCCAGGAAAAACCAUAAGUUGACCCCACCCAUGGAGGGCCAGCAUCUAAGGAGAAAUACCUGACAUUCCAAACAUUCCCUAUACCCCUAGACAAAUGUCAGUCAAUCAGGGUCCUGAACCCUGGAAAUCCCCUCACCCCAGCCUCUGCUAUGACAAAAACUCCACCCUGCCUGGGCUCCACCACUGCGCAAGACAGACUCCAAGCUCUGAGCUUGAAAUAAAGGCUCUUUGCUUUUACAUAUGGGAUUCGGUCUCUGCGGUGGUCUUUGGGGGUCAUGAUCUGGGUAUAACACUUGGGGGCUUGUUUGGGAUUCCCCCAAACCCACUGGGACCACUGCCCGUAGAGCCUGAAGCCAGCUGGUAAGUUUUCUGUGUUUCUGUGUCUGUGUUGAGUUUUGUGUUUUCUGUGUUUACUUUCAUUUGGAUCCUUUUGUAAAUGGACUUUUGGGAUAUCCUUUUGUAAGUGAGCCCAAAAUGUGUAAGUGCCUGCAGAUGGUCCUUUGGACGGGUUUGGAUCCCUUUGGUUGAUUUGUAUUUGAAUUUGAUUUGUAUAGAUGAUGCGAGUUACUUCCACAGGAUGGCAUGAGGCUGGUGUCUUCCUUUUGGUUUUGUUUCCAGGCGCCAAGAGAGCUGUUUUGUUUUCUUGUGUGUUGUAAUUUUAUUCUUUUCCUGACUUAGAAAAACUGUAGGCUCUUAUUUUAGGAUUUUUGAGUUGAUCAGCUGACACCACUCCCCUGGGAAAAGUUCUAUUUGCCUUUCUGUUUGAACAUCCUGCCUAUAUGAAUGUGUAAAUGUGUGAGUAAUGUGGCCACAGUGUGUGUGUUUUAUGCCUGGGCUUGUAUGUGUGUUGUGACUCUUGAUAGAAACUGUACAUGGACAGCCUUUGGGUCUGGAUGGCCAGUAGAAGGGACAGAGGGUCCCUUUGGUUGAACUGGGACAGACUAAGAGUAUUCCUACCCCCCUCCCCCAUUGCUUCCUUGCUCUCUGACCUGGAACACAGAUAGUGGCAGGUUGUGGUGCCACAUGUUGGGUGAUCAGUGGCCGGGACAGAGACUUGGGUCACCACCCAGUGGCUGGGCACUAGGGUGGGCCACGAGCCCUGCAGGGCUGGACACAAUAGGUCUGAGGCCAGGCCCCUAUACAGGGAGCCAUGGGGUGGAGACUGUGCAGUGCAGAACAGGCAGGAGCUGGUGGGGGUGCCUGGCAGAGCUUAGAGCGCUCCUGACCGGGGCGCAUCGCACCGUGGGACUCAGGGCUGGUGGAGAACUGCCCCUCUGGGGUCACAGCCAAGGAGUGGCCUACAGGAGCCCUCUUCUGGAGGGGCCUGGCUGGGGCAUGGAGUCACUUCCAGUCUGCCGCUCUCAUGCACUUGAGAAUCUGGGGCUAACAACAACUUCUUGUCCCCAUGGGGCAUGCCUCCGGCUCCCAUGCUGAUGGGUGGGGUUUCCAAAACCUGCCCUGGGAGCUGCCUGCCAAACCUGACCAAGGUUUGGCUCUGAAGGUGGAAUGGAGUGUCACUGCCUAUGGUUACUAAGGAUGCAGGCGUGGAACCUGUCGUGCCUGGGCCUGGGCCCAGUGCUGGCCUCCUCAUGGCAUCUUCUGCUGCUCUUCGGGGCUUCUUGGCUCGUGGCGAGAAUUCUGGCCUGGGCUUACUCCUUCCAUGAGAAAUGCGCCCGCCUUAGAUGCUUCCCUCAGGCCCCUAAGCGGAACUGGUUUUUGGGUCAUCUGGGCACGGGAACCAAGAUUUGGAAACCUUCAAGAUUCUUUGCUGUGAAAGUGGGGAGAUGCGUGCCCAGACCUGGGAUCCAGAACAAUGAGGAAGGUAUGCAGAUGGUGACUGAAAUGGGCAAGACCUUCCGAGAUGUCCAACUCUGUUGGCUGGGACCUGUCAUCCCUGUGCUGAAGCUUGUGGACCCUGCAUUUAUUGCCCCCCUGCUCCAUGCCCCAGCUUUGGUGGCCCCCAAGGACAUGACUUUCUAUGGCUUUCUGAAGCCCUGGCUGGGGGAUGGGCUCUUCCUGAGUUCUGGUGACAAGUGGAGUCGCCAUCGCCGUCUGCUGACACCCGCCUUCCACUUUGACAUCCUGAAGCCCUAUGUGAAGAUUUUUAACAAGAGUGUGAACAUCAUGCACGUGAAGUGGAAGCGUCUGGCCGCGGAAGGCAGCGCCCGCCUGGAAAUGUUUGAGAACAUCAGCCUCAUGACCUUGGACAGUCUGCAGAAAUGCCUCUUUGGCUUUGACAGCAACUGUCAAGAGUCUCCCAGUGAAUACAUUGCUGCCAUCUUGGACCUCAGCGCCCUGGUAGCAAAAAAGUACCAGCAGGUCUUCUUGUACAUGGACUUCCUGUACUACCUCACUGCUGAUGGGCGGCGCUUCCGCAAGGCCUGUGACGUGGUGCACAACUUCACAGAUGCUGUCAUCAGGGAGAGACGCCGCACCCUCAGUAGCCAGGGUGCUGAUGAAUUCGUGAAGGCCAAGGCUAAGACCAAGACUUUGGACUUCAUUGAUGUGCUCUUGAUGGCCAAGGAUGAACAUGGAAAGGAGCUGUCAGAUGAGGACAUCCGGGCAGAGGCUGACACCUUCAUGUUUGGAGGCCAUGACACCACAGCCAGUGCACUCUCCUGGACCCUGUACAACCUGGCGAGGCACCCGGAAUACCAGGAGCGAUGCCGACAGGAGGUGCGGGAGCUGCUGAGGGACCGAGAGCCCCAGGAGAUUGAAUGGGAUGACCUGGCCCAGCUGACCUUCCUGACCAUGUGCAUCAAGGAGAGUCUGCGGCUGCAUCCUCCCGGUACAGACCUGGUCCGGGGCUGCAUCCAGGACAUUGUGUUGCCUGAUGGUCGAGUCGUCCCCAAAGGCAGCGCAUGUGUCAUCAGCAUCUUUGGGGUUCAUCACAACCCCUCAGUCUGGCCAGACCCUGAGGUCUAUGACCCCUUCCGCUUUGACCCAGAAAACCCUCAGAAGAGGUCACCUCUGGCUUUUAUUCCCUUCUCUGCCGGGCCCAGGAACUGCAUAGGACAGACUUUCGCCAUGAACGAGAUGAAGGUGGCGCUGGCGCUCACCCUGCUGCGCUUCCGCGUCCUUCCGGACCACAAGGAGCCGCGCCGGAAGCCGGAGCUGAUCCUGCGCGCAGAGGGCGGGCUGUGGCUGCGGGUGGAGCCGCUGAACGAGGGCGUGCAGAGACCCCCACACCUAGCUGAGGACCUCCUCACCCACCCACCUGCCUUUGCGGAUCCCUGAAUAAUCAGAGUCUCACUGAGUGCCAGCAGUGGGUCUGGAGGAAAACAGAGAUCCUGUUGGUGUGUUGGGGGAGAGGCUGGGUCGGUGUCUCUGAUCCAGAUUCCCACUGCCUUUGUUCACCAUUGACCUUCUAGGCUGACGAGAGUUCUUCUCCAGCUUAAGUAAGGGGUUUUAUUAAAAAUAAUUGUUAUUUACUCUGACAAUUCCGUACGUGUUUAUAAUGCAUUUUGCUCACAUUCACCUCCAUUUCUCUCUUACCCUUAUCUUAUUAUUGUUCUUCCUCUCCCGAACCCUUCCCAGCCCAUACUUUCCUAUCAUGCCUGGUAGCACCAAACCUGCAACACCAGCACUCAGGAGAUAGAAACCAGAGGAUCUGAAGCUAAAGCCA